AUGAAAGAACUUUCUAAGUCGUCGAUCGAUCAUUACAUUCUACCGAAUAAAAUUUUCUGCGGGAUGGCCGGGAUGUGGCCUAUCGACGAGAACAGUCCGACGUACAGCAAAGUGUUUGCAUACUUUCGCCUGUUAUUCGCGUUAACAGCAAUUAGUAGUGUUUUCGUGCCGGAAGUUAUGGCGAUUGCUGCGAACUGGGGCGAUUUAAAGGUCCUGGCAGGGGUAGGGUGUGUCUUAACCACGGUUGGACAGUUAUUAUUUAAAAUGAUCUACCUGUUGGCUAGAAGAAAAAAAGCAUACAGGCUUUACUACGAGUUAAGAGAUCUAUGGAUCACCUCUAAUGAUCCUGAAGAAAGACAAUCCUGUGAAGAACUAGCUCAUUGGGCAAGACUUUUAACACUAAUAUUUUACAUCUCAUGCAUGUGCAACGUGGUCACGUUCAGCGUUGCAGCGGGGUUCGAUUACUUUAAGAUUAAGUAUAAUGUCAGUAACGCAGCUGAGGAAAUUCGUCACUUGCCUUUCGAUGUUUGGUACGGAACGGACAUCACGGGUUCUCCCGAAUUCGAGAUAGCCUUUGCUUGCCAAUUCGUCGCAUCUAUGAUCUGCGCCGCCGGUAUUUCCGGCUUGGAUGCCACGUUCAUGACCAUUAUUUUGCACGUAUGCGGUCAAUUUAAAUUAAUUAAAAUAUGGAUAACCAAAAUCGGGACUGAAAUAAGCUGCGAUUCCAUCAACGGUAAUUCUUCACGAAAGCUCGAGGUGAAUUUGUUAAGAUGCAUCCGCCAUCAUCAGCGUAUGCUAAAUGUAGUAAACGAGGUGAAUAAUCUGCUAACUCCCGUGAUUUUCGUACAACUUCUUACGAGCGGAGUGGAGAUUUGUUUGAGCGGUUUCGCGGUCCUCGAUAACACUACUGGUACCGAUCUCCUGAAAUUUAUAUCUUACUUAGUAUCAAUGGGGGUACAGCUCCUGUUAUGGUGUUGGCCCGGUGAAAUUCUCGUUGAAGAAAGCCAGCAAAUAGGUCACGUGAUUUACCUUAACGUACCCUGGUACGUUUUACCGCCAAUUUAUCGAAGGGAACUUUGCCUUAUAAUUGUUAGGGCACAGCAACAAUGCAGUAUCUCGGCAUUAACUUUUCAAACGAUCUCUAUCCGUACAUUAACUAGCGUAUUCAACACAGCUGCCUCGUAUUUGACUCUAUUGCGACAAAUGCAACAAAAGUAG